CAGCUGUUCUACUGAUAUCUUUUAAAUAGAUUCGCCUUGAUUACACCACAAUGUGUUUGUUUAAAACGUAUGUGACAGACGAUUACACUUCCGGCACAAGGCGUAUGGAAUACAGAAAAUAUAACUAUCAUUCUUGCUUCCGGCAUCAAAACAUAAUGUAGUAAUAAAAAAUGUGCCUGCCACAUUUGAAGUUUCUUUAUUUUCAUUUUUGAAAAUAUUAUGUGAGAAAUCAAUUCAAUUUGACGUGUUCGAAUCAGUACAAAUUUAUUAUUGGUGAUAGGAAAACGGAAAUAAUCGAUGUGUUUAAAUCGAGAUUUAAAAGUUUAUUUGCGUCUAAAUACAUAUGUAUACAUACAUGAAUUUCUGUGACUCAAGCUCAAUGGAUUUUUCACUAGGGUUAAUCAAGCCCUUCGUAAUAAUCACUAACAUUAUAUAUGCAUUAUUUGCUUUUUCAACACUUGCUUUAAAUGUUGGGAUUUUGAGUGUACUUCCCGAUGAUCUCAAGUUAAUUUGUACUUAUCUACUUAUUUUGUCCUUGAUUGAACUCCCCCUCGCAAUAUUUGGUUGGUAUAGUGCACAUAAAGAGAAAGAAUGGUUUAUGUGGACGUAUAUCAUAAUCCUAAUCGUAACUAUUAUUGGCCACUUGCUUAUCCUUCUUUGCUCUACUAUCAAAAACAGUGCUGAUAUCGAAAAGAGAGCGCAGAAAAAUUUUGACGAAGCAUGGCAGGCAUAUUUAAAUGGCGAUGAUAAUCUUAUAAAUGAAUUGCAGAGCAAGCAUGGAUGCUGCGGCAAAGAAAGCUCAGAAGACUAUAAAAAAGCUAAGCAACACAUACCACUAAGCUGUUAUAAGGGCAAGAAAACCCAUGCAGGUAAAUUGUUCAGUAAGGGGUGUGUGGAAACGAUCAAAAUGAGCACCACGAUAUGCGUAUCACUUAUGAGAGGCUUUACUUGGGCCGCAUUAGGGCUUGAGAUCAUUGCUUUAUUCAGUGCUCUUUUCUUGCCAAUUAGCAUCAAACGUGUAUCUUUCAACAUUUAAAAUUAAUCUACUUAUAUGUAUAUUACUAAAGCUUUUGUAAAUUUUAUC